UGAAAAUUAUCCCUUUCCAGUCACCAGAUCUCAUCCCACCUGAGCCUCCAUUUUGGACUGACAUGUUGGACAUAAUUAAAAUACCAUGAAGAAAUAUUUUUGAAGAACACAUCAUUAAGGCCCCUUUUUUUGGUUGUUUUUCCUAUAUUUUGUCACCUGUUUAUAUAUCACCACCUGUAUGUGCAGUCUUUAAUCAGGAUGGUGUGCUGUCUAAGCUAUUUCUAUUUCAUGGAACCACAAGUAGUGACUUGUAACUGCAUUGUCAGUGUGAUGGGGUGUACAAUAGACUGGAUGAAUAUGGUUGGAUAUAUCAGCCCUUACUCAGAAAUGGAGACAUUCCUAAAGAUUGGCAGCAUGUAUCAGAUUGUGCCGGUGGCUCCUGGGGAGCAACAGAUGGCUGGGGGACCCGGAGGCUCUCCACUUAAGAAGAAACUUUCUCAUGAGGGUCGGCCACUGGUGAUGGCAUCUCUGCUGGGCUGUGUGCUGGUCCUGGCUGCAGUGGUCGCCUGGUGCUACUACUCAGUGUCCCUCCGUAAAGCCCAGCUGUUCAAGACAGGGUUGUUAGACCUGAACAAGGAUGGAUUUAUUAUUCACAACCAAGCCGGGGUUGUUAUCUUCACUAUGGCCUUUAGAUCUGGCACUCUGGAUCUGGACUCCUGCUCAAAGGAGGGAGAUAUUCUGAGCUGCACUCAAUCAGAUUCUGGCAAGCUCAACUUUUUUAUCCAAACAGUUCGACCAGAGAUAACACAUCACACAGUGAUGUGUUAUCGGGUUCGCUGGGAGGAGCUGGAGAGUAAGCACUUGGUAGAGCACGUCAUGGCCUAUAAUGACUCCCAUUGGUAUGGAGGAGCAGAGACAGCAACACAGUACUGGCCUAUCAGAUUUCAAGGAGAAGAGGAACCACGGCCUUUCAUCACCAGUGACGUCUAUUCCAAUCGAAACGCUUUUGGGGGAAUCCUGGAGCGCUAUUGGCUGUCAUCAAACGCGACCGCCAUCAAGAUUAAUGACUCGGUACCGUUUCAUUUGGGCUGGUCAGAGAGGAACAGGACACUGAGGUUCCAGGCCCGGUACCAGGACUCUCCCUUCAGACCACCAGAGGGACAGCAAGCCUUUCCUGAACUCAGCUAUAGAGUCUGUGUGGGGUCAGAUGUCACCUCUAUUCACAAAUACAUGGUGCGCCGCUAUUUCCCAAAGCCCAUCAAAGUCCCAUCUGCUGAAUUGUUCAAACAACCAGUGUGGUCCACGUGGGCUCUCCACAAGACGGCUGUAACUCAAGAGAAGCUGCUGCGUUAUGCCUCUGACAUCACCAAGCAUGGCUUUAGUUGCUCCCAUCUGGAGCUGGAUGACCGCUACACUGCUGAUUACGGAGAGUUUGACUUUGACCCGCAGAAGUUCCCCAAUGCAAGCGGCAUGUUUGACAAACUCAGAAAGGAUGGCUUUCGGGUUACACUCUGGACACACCCUUUUAUCAACUAUGACUCCAUUAAUUUUGGUGCUGCUGUGGAGAAAGGGCUAUUUGUCCGUGAGCCGAGCGGUGAGCUGCCUGCUCUGGUUCGCUGGUGGAACGGGAUCGGAGGAAUCUUGGACUUCACAAAUCCAGAUGCCCGUGAAUGGUAUUCCUCACAUCUGCGCAUGCUCAAAAGCCGCUAUGGGGUGACCUCCUUCAAGUUUGACGCAGGAGAGACGAGCUACCUCCCCCGUCAGUUUAGCACCCUAGACCCACUGUCGGACCCUUCCACCUUCACCCGCCGCUACACAGAGAUGGCCGUACCAUUUAUGGAGCAUGCCGAGCUAAGGGUGGGUUACCAAAGUCAGAACAUCUCCUGCUUCUUCAGGAUCAUUGACAGAGACUCAGUGUGGGGUUACGAGCUUGGGCUCAAGUCCAUCAUCCCGACUGUUCUGACUAUAGGCAUUCUGGGUUACCAGUUUGUCUUACCUGAUAUGAUAGGAGGGAAUGCAUACCCCAACCGCACUGCAGGUGGGUUAAAUGGUCUGCCAGACAGAGAACUGUACAUCAGAUGGUUGGAGCUGUCUGCUUUCAUGCCUGCCAUGCAGUUCUCUAUACCUCCAUGGGCCUAUGACAAUGAGGUGGUACAGAUAGCGCAGAAGUUCACAGAGCUCCAUGAAACUCUGGUGGCUCCAAGGGUUCUUGAACUGGCUCAUGUGGUUCUCGAUACGGGAGACCCAAUCAUAAGGCCCCUCUGGUGGCUCGCCAAUGAUGACGAGGCAGCCUAUAAGAUCGACUCCCAGUUCCUGAUUGGGGAUGAUCUCAUGGUGGCUCCAGUGUUGGAGCCAGGAAAGCAAGAGAGGGACAUCUAUGUGCCUGCAGGACGAUGGAAAAGCUACAAGGGGGAACAUUAUAAUAAAGGUCCAAUGUACCUCACUGAUUACCCCGUGGACCUGGAUGAGAUCGCUUUCUUCACGAGGGUUCUCUGAGGGCAUCAAGGAAUUGAGGAUGGACUUGGACACACAUACAGAAACACACAUGCACAUUCUUUUGAGCACACAUGCCAAGUAAAAGCAGGGAAAACUUGUUUUUCAAAUGUAAUUCACCACUAGGAGUUUGCUUUGAGAGCAGAGUGAGAUUUUAAUGAAGAUUAACCUCAUGUCUCUUCCAUCCUGCUCUUUGUCAGGACCUCUGCCCGCACAUUAAAACCCUCCGCCCAAAGAAUUAGAAUUACCUUCUAAUUCUCAUUUUGCAUCCUUAAGCUAUUCCUCAUCCUCAUGUGCCUUUCACAGCUAAUAGAAAAUCCGAUCUGUGAUUGUAUCAUCAAUGUUCUCAGCCUCAAUGGCCAUCCAAUAAUGCGGUUGUUUCUCAAAGCCCAAAUCCUACAGCUAGCAUGGUGCUGGUUUUGGGUUAAUAUUAUUUAGAUUAGAUAACUGUGCCACAUAGGGUGUCUUUCUGGGGGUGACUGGGCUGGGCAAUAAAAAAAAAGCACUCUAGCCAUGCUUAAUCUUAUGUUUUUAACUACCUUUAUUUAAGCUAACCUGCAUUAAUUUGCAUUGCACUGACAUCACAUAUAAUUUUUUUUUAAAUCAGUUUCUCUUUUUAUUUAUUAACUUCUGUUUGUGGAUACUGUCAGAUAUUUUUAAAUAUGCGCAAUUGUGGGGAUUAAUAAGGGGUACUCAUAAACAAGAAACUGCAAAUAUUAUUAUGUCAGUGAGUCCCAUGACCUGUAGUGCCAUUAUAUUAUUUUAGUGCCAAAAUCUACUGCUUUAUGCUUUUUAACUAAAAAAGUCUGCACAAGUCAAAUUAACUGCUCAGGGUACAUUUACAAAAGUAUUUAUUAUUGAUCCACAGUAAUAUAUUUGUUAUACAGUACUGUGCAAAAGUCUUGAGCCAGUCUUCAUUUCUUUAUGUUUUGCUUCUGAGACAGAUUUUCUUGUAAUGUUUUAAAAUGGCCUUCAGCAAUAGUUCUCCAGGAUUUCUGAAGGUCUUUCCAAUUUCUUUUAGACAUUGAUUGCUUUUUCACUCAUUUUCAGUCUAGUCCCUGUACCUGAUCAUUUUCACGGGAAUAUAUGUUUUUGUUUGUUACACCUCUUAACUGACCUAGGAAUCACUCAAGCAUAAAACUGACCCCUAACACAAGGGAUGAACCAAUUUUAAAUUGUAAUUUUAGGCACUAUGUUACUAGCAGCCCGUCACAAGAGCACAUCAUUUGUUCCCAUUGUUUUUAGUUGACUCAACAGUUGAAAAAAUGGGACAGGCAUAAAACAAUAAUUUUGCGAUUAGCUGAAAACUUGGCAUAUCUUGGCAUGGUGUGCAGUCUGCCUUUAAAAAAUGUUAAGUAAACUGGACAAGUGGAGGACAAAAGAAGUUGCAGGCCUAAAACCUAUCAACAGUAUCUGAAAGUCAUCUCCUUAAGUAAUAGGCCCUUCAAAAGAUCCAUCUACUGUUCACUGAAGCCUCAUCGCAAAUGGUCUCAGUGGAAGUGUGGCUGUCCAGAAGCCAUUUUUAAGGAAGGAAGAUUUGGGGAAAAAAGGCUGAGGUGUGCCAAAUUACACAAGAACUGGGAUGAAAAUCAGUGGCGACAGGUCUCAUGGAGCGAUGAAUCCAAAAUUUUUGUUUUUGUUCAAAUGAUCAUCCGUAUGUAUGGAGGAGGUCAGAGAGGUACAACAGUGUCUACAGCCAUCUGUAGAGCACAGUGGAGGCUCUGUCAUAGUUUGGGGCUACAUAUCAGCCAGUGGUGUUGAGGAUCUUGUCAAAAUUGAAUUAUGAAUGCAGAAAAAUAUCAGGUUUCAUCCAGCAUGUAAUAAUCAUAUGGAAAACAUCCGAUUGGCAACAACUUCAUUUUUCAGCAUGACAAUGAUCUCAAACACACUGCCAAUGCAGUAAAAGCAUACCUGGAUAGAAGCACACACAAUGGAAGACUAUCUGUCAUAGACCGACCUCCCCCAAGUCCAGACCUCAACAUUAUUGAAGCAGUGUGGGGUCAUCUUGACAGAGAACAGAACAAAAGGCAGCCAACAUCCAAAGAAGAGCUUUGGAGAAGCCUGGAGAACUAUUCCUGAAAACUACUUAAAUAACAAGAAAGCUGCCCUGAAAGGGUUCAGGCUGUGUUGAAGAAUAAAGGUGGUCACACCAAAUAUCGACUUUCAAGCUCGUUAGAAUUUCACAAAGUCAGUUUUUGCCUUAUAUACUGCAUUUACAUGUAUGUUUGCACAUUCAAAUAAAUUGCUGCACGCAUUUGCCAUUUUCCUAACAUAAAGAAAUGAGGGGUGGCUCAAGACUUUUGCACGAUUACAACUAGUUUACCUUAUAAAACAGGUGUUGUUCAUACAGAUGCCAUAUAUAAGUGUGCCAUCCGUGUCUGCCUUGUGGCCUCAUUUGCCUUUUUAAGCUAAUCUAAGGUUUGCCAGAGAACCAGAGCGAUAAAACACACGUUCCUCCACACACUGAUGGGUUCGAUGCAGUGACAUUGCAAAGCGCACAAGGAGUUUUAUUCUGCCACCUCAGUAUGUUCGUCUGCUCUUCCAUUGUGAUUGCUAGCAUGAGAGUAAAGCACACUGAGUAAUUUGAAUGCCCUGCUUGAAAACAGUUAUAAAACAGAGCUAUUAUUAUGUAUGAAUUUCUCUUAGAAUCACAGCAUCUUACAAAUGCUUUUAAAAAAUCUUCUGGCUGUCAUUAGUUAUCUAUUUAUUUUGCAUUCUUGAUCCUACCACAAGAAAUUUUUGAAUUUUAUACAGAGUGGCUUUUACUGACACAGUACACAGCAGCAUUUCUACAAAUGAAUAAAUACAUGCAUGCAUACAUAAUUUCACACUUGUUCAGGAUAACCUUACUGCAUCAUCUUGGUUGCAGACAACUAGAGAAACCAGAAAAACAGAUGUGAUAAAGGAUUUUAAGGUUAGAUUGCAAGAUGCAAAAUAUUAGGUGUGUGAAGUUAAACGUUAUUUGAAGGGUUUUAAAAGGACAUUUUGUUAAAACAGAAUAAAUGGCUUGGGCAAUAGUGUACUCUGAUUGUGAAGUCCUUCAACAUACUUUCAGAAUGACACACCAGAGUUGUGACUAAAGGGAAAGUUUGCUGUGUUAAAAUGUUUCUUUUCUUUUUCCUGUGUGAAUGAAUGGAUGGCACUUUGAGAAAGUAGACUGCCAAAGAACAAAUGUGUAAUUUUCUUACUAUUUUUUUUUUUUUUUUUUUGGGUGACACCCAGAGAAGUACAGCAUGAAUUGUUAUGAGUAAUUUGCUGGUAUUUAAGAGCCUGUGAACAAAGUAGGCGAGAGUAAGAAGUUACCACAUUGCUUAUUUGCAUUGAUGGUGACCUUUUAAGGGUUAUUCACUUUUAAACAGAGUUUUUUUUGCAGUACCAAAUAUCGUAUAUGCCUGAUACGGUCUGUUAUGAAAGAUAAAAGAGUAUUUUUGGCAGGUGCAGAUGCAGAUUAACCUCAUUUCAGUCACAGAAGGAGUGCAUCAAAUCAUUUGCGAAUGAGAAUGUUUGACGUGGUGGGAAAAUGGACAUCUGCACUUAUGGAAAUAAAUGGAAAAGUAACUAAAUGAGUAACUGGAGGAGUAUUCGUCAGAAAGCCAUACAAACUGUUGAUCUGUUCAUACUAACUCAUAUUUUUCUGUCCUGUUUUGUUGCUCGUCUUUCUAUUUAGAGCUCAUCAUAAAUCUGUUUUUGCUGUAGUGAUGUGAAAUACAGAACCCAAGGAAUUAAACA